AUGUCGACUACUGUCAUGUUUUCACAUACCAAUUCGUUCGGGGAGCCCGAUCUAUAUGGUCGAAUGUCGGGACUGUCGCCAGGUUACGGGAGCUUUUUUAAUAACUUCAACACUACCGCAGCGACAGAACCGAUCAACUACAAUAGCCACGCCCCGCAACACCAGAAUCCUGGACAAGCACCUAUCCAUGGCUGGAGCUCGUCUUCUCUGUCGAUAUUGCAGCCCCAGAGCACACAACACACAUUGGCUUCACAACCACACACCAGCACAGACCCGGCAUCGACAGCAAGCAUUAACCCAGUCGCUCUUUCAACCCCCACUUUUACCCCCGCCAAUCGACCUACUGGGUACUAUGACAGCACGUCGACUAUCUCUUCAUCGCAGUCCAACUUUGAUACCAGCAACUCGGCAUCACCAGUCAGCUUCACCGUACCCUCUCGCCGGGACAGCCUCUACCUUAAGGAGAGUAGCAGUCUAUACUCUCAAGAUGAGGAGACGCCCUCAAGGCGGCCCUCUACCACUACGACUGCCACCACCGCCGCCAGCCCCCCCUCAACCACCACUACGACAACAACAACGACGACGACGACUGGUCGACGAAGGCGUAGCUCGGAGUACGUAGAACCAGGCUCGGCGCGGGCCAUCUACCUCGAGAAGAACCGCCGGGCUGCAAGCAAGUGCCGGAGCAAACAAAAACACGAGCAAGAACAGCUUGUCGAAAGAUCGAGGCAGUAUGAGCGUAAGAACCGAAUGCUAAAGGCAGAGGUGGAUAUGCUGCAGUCCGAGGUACGAGCUCUCAAGGACUUGCUUGGCCAACAUGCGCAUUGUCCCGACCAAAGGAUAGCACAGUACCUGCAGCUCGAGGCAAGUCGCUUAGCUUCCUCACGAAACUAUUCGGCGUCGUUUUGA